AUGACCCGUCCUAGUCAGCUCUUGCAUUGCUCUUGCUUAAGGCCCAAUCCCUUCUGUCAGUAUCUUGACCGCAACACCACGCCAUCGUUAGGCGAUUCUGCACAAUCUCUCUAUUUCCUUCAAUCUCUCCAUAUCGAUACAAUGACUUCAGAGGCACUCGGCGAGGGGGCAGCUACUGGGCAAGACAGCCCUCCGGCGGGUAGCAGUGGCCUCAGCAAUGGCGCCGGUCGCUCAACAUCGAAGAAGCGCAGGAUUCCUGGGGCGUGCGACAUAUGCAAGCGGAAGAAGAUUCGUUGCAACAGCGGGGAGACGCCGGAUAACAAGUGCACUAAUUGUCUGCAGUUUGGUUAUGAGUGCACUCACAAGGAGGUUACAAAAACCCUAGGCUCAGCGAAGAGCUAUGUGGAAAGCUUAGAAGCACGACUAGAGAAGAUGGACCAACUCUUGAGCAAACUCCUUCCGGGCAUCAACAUCACGGAAGAGGUUGAUCGGCUUACAGCCAAAGAAGAAGCGGAGCCAGAAGUCCUACCUCGGAACGACGACGACCAUUUGGAGAUGAUGCUCACGCUGCAGCUGAGUAGACUCAAACUCAAUCCGCCUGUGAAUCGGUUUUUCGGCAAGUCAAGUUCGAUGCAGUUGGUAUUGACAGCGUUGAAUCUGAAACAAGAAUACACUGGUGUGCCAUUGAAGCCUACAAAACGGGAAUCCGUGAAACGAAACGAAUUUUGGAGCCUGCCCCCAUGGGCCUCCAAUGAUCCCGACGAACCUCAGCCGAUAGACUACUCAUUCCCGCCUGAAGACCUCGUGCCAUCGCUCAUUGACGCAUACUUCGUGGAAUUCAACUACUUCCUGCCGCUCCUCCAUCGACCAACGUUUGAGAAAGAUGUUGCAGAGAAACUACACCUCACCGACCACAUGUUUGCAGCAACUCUGUUGCUUGUGUGUGCAUUGGGGUCGAAAUACUCAGACGACCGGAGAGUGUUGGCGGAAGGGUCAGACAACUGGCGGAGCUCGGGAUGGAAGUGGUAUGAGCAGGUGAAAGUGAUGAGGAGAUCGUUGUUCCAUCGCACGACGCUGUAUGAGUUGCAGAUGCUUGCACUGCAUGUCAUGUUCGCUCAGGCCAGCGAGACACCGCAAGGCAUAUGGUCAGAAAUCGGAUUCGCUCUUCGCUUGACACAGGAGGUGGGAGCACAUCGAAAGAGGCACAGGGCAACGGAACCGAAUGCGGAGGAUGAGCUUUGGAAACGGGCAUUCUGGGUCAUACUCUGCUUGGAUAGACAUGUCAGCUCGUCGUCUGGAAGAGCUUGCGGGUUGCACGAUGAAGAUUUUGACCUAGAAAUGCCCAUAGAGUGUGAUGAUGAAUACUGGGAUACCGGCUUUGAACAACCUGAAGGCAAACCAUCUUCGAUUUCGUUCUUUAACAACUAUAUUCGACUCAUGGACAUCUUGGAAUUUGCUAUGCGAACAAUUUAUUCUAUCAAACGGCCUGGGACAGCAUUGGGCAACACUCCACAGAGGUCGGAACAACAGCUUAUCGCAGAGUUAGAUUCAGCAAUGAAUAGUUGGAUGGAUGCAGUUCCUAAUCAUCUCAGAUGGAGUCCAAACCGAGAGAAUCCUACCUUCCUUAAGCAAUCCGCCGCGCUUCAUGCAACAUACUACUACCUUCAGAUCUUUAUCCAUCGACCCUUUAUCCCGUCACCGCGUAACCCAGCCCCAAUUGCGUUCCCUUCAUUGGCGAUCUGUACGAAUGCAGCACGUUCUUGCUGCCAUGUUCUUGAAGCAUAUCACAAAAUUGCUGCAUUGCAUUCCGCAGCGCUUCAAAAAACGCUAUUUACCGCAGCCGUCGUUCUCCUCCUCAACAUCUGGAGUGGGAAGCGUUCUGGGUACGCACCGAACCCGAAGAGAGAGAUGGAGGACGUGCAAAAGUGUAUGCAAAUAUUUAAAGACCUUGAAACGCGGUGGGCAUCGGCGGGGCGUCUAUGGGACAUUCUCAGGGAGUUGGCUUUUGCAGGCGAUGUAUCGAUACUGAAUCAACCAGCACCACCACCAGCACCUACGCCUGUACGAAACAAACGACCUCGAGAAGCAGACGAAUCAGAGUGUUCGACACCGACCUCUUCGACUGCCGAUUCUCCACCUCCGUCGGCAACUGAUCCGCCGCGCAUGGCUGGGAAACGACGUGUUUCAAUGAGCCCUAGGAGCAGUUUGAAUGGCAGGCGGGCGACUUCGGAGGUUCGGCCGAAUGUGUCACCUCUGGUCGCUCACAAGACGGAAGCAGCCCCAUCUCCGACACCGCUCAACUUUUCGCUGCCCAUGUACAGCAACGAACUCGGUAGACUCCCGAUAUAUGGGCAGUUCAACUUCCUCGACCCCAGUGGAUCACCAAGUCCGACCCUGUUGAAUUCAGCGGCUCAUCCGAUGCCGAUGGCCACUUUUGGAGGGUUUCCUGGAGCGAAUCCUAUAAACCCGGUGGCGGCUGGUCCCGGCGGCCCACAACCAUUUACGUUCGACCCCUUUAUCCUUUCGAGCCUUCCUGGGGCAGCCACGAACACGGUGGACACUUCACAGCCGACCUUACACCCUUACGUUAUGGAUGCCCUUUUUAAUGGCCAGACGAUCCAGAGCUUAGGGUUCAUGAACCAUAUGAACUCGUUGCUGCAAAGUAUUCCUCCUGGUGCCAAUCCCAACCCACCUCUUUCUUCGAUGACACCUGCUGAUUUCGCCGCGCUCCUUGCAAACUCGGGGGGCUCCUUUGGGGGCGGAGGGGAAGCCAGUGGUCCUAGCGAUAUUGAUGGUUCGCCUGCUGGAACAGAGGCUGUGCCUAUGCCGAUGGAUUCGAUUUCUUCGAGGUUUGGUACGAUGUCCGCUAUGGAUGUUGAUACCAUGACAAUGUGGUCCACUGCCCCGACGAGUCUCGAGUUGGAUGACUGGAGCUCUUACAUCUCCAGUGUCGAGCAGAUGACGCAAGGACAAACUCAAGCGGAGAGUUGA